UGAACAGAAUGGAAUAUCCAGCCCUCAUUUAGUGGAAAUUGUCUGUUUUCCUCUCAAAAGGUAGAGGUACCCGUUCAACCUUAGUCUUAGCUUUUAUCAUAGUGCACGUGAGAUACAUCAGAAUGAACUUUUUCAACGUCAGCCUAAGUUGUCAUAGAAAGUUCACAAUGUUCCUAUUUUGCGUACUCGUCACUGUGAUACUUGGAGCGUCAGCGGCACCGAGUGAUGGGCCGAAAAUCGUGGGCGGCACCCUAGCAGAAGAUGGACAGUAUCCUUACCAAGCUUCGCUUCGGUUCAGAAACCGUCACUUCUGUGGAGGGUCGGUGCUGAACACGAGAUGGAUACUGACGGCGGCUCACUGCUUAUCGAGUUUCAAUGACACGGCUGUAACCGUGGUGUUGGGUACGAACGCCCUGGACAAAGGUGGCGACGAGUACCAGUCCGAAAAAGUAAUCGUUCAUCCGAGAUAUAGCUCCGCGUUGAUCAGAAACGAUAUCGGGCUGAUUAAAGUGGACAAGGACAUUGUUUUCGGGGAUAAGGUGAAACCAAUCGCUCUGCCCAACGAGAACUUCAGUAAAAUCGAUUAUCCUGCUACGUUAUCUGGCUGGGGUACCACUAGCUAUCCCGGUCAAACGCCAAACGAGCUGUAUCACAUUGAACUGAGCGUGAUCGAUCAAAAACAAUGUUUAAACGCCAGCUUUCGGAUCACCAACGACAAUAUCUGCACACUUAACAAGAGGGGUGAAGGCGCUUGUCACGGUGAUUCUGGUGGUCCUUUGGUCGCUGAUAAUGAACAAAUUGGAGUGGUGUCCUGGGGGAUACCGUGUGCUAGAGGUCGUCCUGACGUCUUCACUCGUGUCUACAGCUACAAGGAUUGGAUAAAAAAAUACGUUGAAAAUGAAAAUUAAUUAGCGUCAUUUCAUGGAUCACAUAUGUACAGUAUACAUUUGUAUAUGUAUGUAAAUAUAAUAUUAUGACUGAUGUAUAUCAGUCUAUACAAUGUCUCACAAUUAAUUUAAUGAAAAAUGUAAAA